CGUAGCAGAUCAACUCUCCGUCACGUCUCAUCCACAAAGACACCAACACUGCAUCUUGAACAAUGACCAAGAAGCUUGACGGCGCAGCUGGACAAGUUUCUACAGAGGGCAGGACCCUACCCUGGGGCGCAAGAUGGCGGAAUUCGGCGUGGUAUAUUACUCUUGUGGUCACGUUCGGGGUAGCUAUCGACACUCUUGUCUAUGCCAUCGUAGUCCCCGUCCUCCCUUAUCGGCUUCAAUCACUCAACUACUCUAACAUCUCUUCACUCACAUCCUGGCUCCUCUUUGCCUAUUCUGCAGGCAUAUUCACCUGUACACUCCCCGUCUCCUACUUCUUCCAUCGCUAUCCAUACCGCAGAGCACCGCUCAUAGGUGCUGUGUUCACCAUGAUGCUGGCGCUGCUUCUGUUCAUGCUCGCCGAGCCUUACUGGUGUAUGGUGCUGAGCCGUUUUGUGCAAGGAGCAGCCAGCACUGUGGUCUGGUGUCUAGGUUUUGCGCUUAUCUGCGAAAAUGUCAAAGAGGAGAACGUUGGACGUCAACUGGGUUAUGCCAUGGCCGGUCUCUCUAUGGGACAGAGUAUUGCCCCUCCCAUAGGAGGCGCCCUUUACCAGCAUCUGGGCUGGAAAGCUCCAUUAAUUUUUUGCGAGAUUCUCUGCUUCAUCGACCUCGUCCUGCGUCUGUUCAUCCUCGAAAACACUACCAUCCGCCAGUUCCAUGAAGAACGCUUCAACCUCCCGCCCGGAUCUCUCAAGCCGACUAUCGUGGACGGUCAAGUUGUGAUGCCCGACAAUCCUGGCAUAGAGGAUACCAGCUGUAUGGCAUUGACUGAGGCGGAGAAAGAAACGAUGAUGGGCGAGGGUCUGAAACCAGGUCACGUUGUUGGUGCGCUGUGCAAGUCGCCGAGAGGUAUAACAGCGUUCAUGAGUAUGUUUGUCUUUGGCAUCAUUACUGGACUUUUGGAGCCCACUCUGACACUACGCGUGCAGGAAUUAUGGGACAAGAAUUCUGGCUUUGUCGGCCUUGUCUACCUCGCCGCCGCCGCCCCUACCUUCUUCGCCGGCCCCAUCGUAGGCGCAUGUAGCGAUCGCUUCGGCGCAGAAUUUAUCAUGCUGCCAUGUAUGAUUCUCGUCUUACCAUGGAUACCCCUUAUGCUACUCACCGGCAGUCUUCCGGGCUUCAUCAUAUUCUUCGCUCUUGUCAACCUUAUGAUCACGUGCGCGAUGAACCCUGCCGGCCUAGAAGUAACGAUGGUAGCCAGAGAUAUCAAGGGACUGAGCGAGAUCCACCAAUUCGGUGCCCUCCAAAUCGCCUUCGCCAUCUCUACAGCUGUGGGCACAACCAUAGGCGGCCAGUUCUACGACCGCAUCCCCAACGGUUGGUCCGCCGUCAUCUGGUUCGCAUUCGGUAUCGCUGUCGCUGUGCUGCCUCUCAUCUUCUUCUUCUCUGGGAAUAGACCUUUGGUGAAGCGCGUAUUUGGGAAGGGCGGAAAGCGGGGCGACGGUGAGGAGGAGAGAGCAUCUGGGGAUAGGUUGAGAGAGGAGAAGGGUUCGUUGGCGGGACUCGAAGUAUAGUGGGACUUAUUUUGCGCGAUAGGAAGACCAUAUUCACCUCCCCACAAGCUUUAUAUAGUGUUACAAACUGUAUUGAAAUGAUAGAACGCAUCCGCCUGAGCCUCAUAUCAAUGGAUCGAUCUGUGCCUGCCACAAGCUCCGAGGAGACAGUCCAACUAUGAAGGGGAAGAAGAUAGGAUCUCCUUCUACAGUCGUUGAUAGAGGAUGCUAUCAACUAUCCACGGG